GUGGUGUUGGGCCGUUGCAGUCAGGUGGCGAAUACCCAUAUAGGUACUGUUAGAUGCAGGCUGACACCUCCCCCUCAUCUUGCUGCUGCCUAAAUCGAGGCAAUUCGUUUUCGAAUGUUUUGUGGCUAGUGCUUGGGCAUCUCCAACGCUUCCAACGACCACCCCACAUUUUCUGGCAGGAAUUCCAUCUACCAAUACUUGCACCCGUCGUGGUAAACGGAGCCCUAAGGAAUUUCUAUUGUACGCCGUCAUUAUCCGGGCAUUUCAUAUCCUGGCGCACACAAACGCGAUGGCAGAUGGGGUUUGUAGUUUCUCCAAGGUGCUAAAGGAAUUGAAAAUCAGAUUCCCAGAAGAGCCCCGAGGACUAACCGAAAAGGGGUGCAGCAUCCGCCGAAAAUCCAGUUGGGGAGAUGUCUUGGUGGUGUUAGAUGAUGUAGCAACGGCUUAUGCAGCGAAGGAUGGAUUGAAGGGAUUAUUUAAAAGAGCCAAGGGUUUUAUAGAGGACCAGGCUGACACCAUAGAACGAGGGUCACGGCUCGUGCCAGAUAUCGGCUACUCCAAGCCCAUUGUUGGUACUUUAACAUUCAUCCUUACAGCAUUUAAACAAACCAGCAAGGUACGACAAGAAGUCAGCGAUGGCGUCGAAAAACUCAAGAAGAAGUUUGAUCUUGUUGAGGACUACAUUGAGCUGUAUUCGACCAAACCCAAAGUCACGGAGAGCGCCAUGACUCUUUACGUGACCAUACUCCAGGCUAUAGAAGAAGUUAUUGGCUACUAUACAAGACAUAUGGUAAUCAAAGGAUUUAAGGCGCUAUGGAAUGGGGAGAAUUACGAGGAGUCACUGCUGUCAUGUUUGGAAGAUAUCACUAGUGUCAGCAAAGAGCUAAUGGACGAAGCUGACACCGCUCACAAACAAAUGACUAAUGCAAUGGCUAAAGAUGUACAGACCGGGUUUCAAGACGUGAAAAUAUUGGUAGAGCAGACUGAGAAAGAUUUAAAGGAGAGCUUGAAGGCCAUGUUCAAAGAUCACAUUGCUGCAAUGGAAGCUAGGCAUGCGAAGGAAAAGCAGCUUCUACGACACGAAAUCGAACAGCGAGAUGCCGAACGUGCGAGAUUUGAGCAGCUCUACUAUCGUUCCCUUACGCCUGCGCCACCUUCGAAAGCUGAGUGUAUUGUUAAACAGGAAGAUUUUCUCGUUUUCCUUGACAUGACAGGCAUAGAGACAACAGACAUUGAGUACAUCACACAACAGAGGGAAUUAGUCAUUUCGAGGGGCCGAGAUCGCACAGAGCAGGUCAUGAAAUCGAACCAGCUCCGGGAGUGGCUAAUCCAACCACAUUCAAAGGAACUUUUAAUCCACGGAAAUGGCGAGCCUCUUCCCAUCUCCCCUCUAUCGUUCUUCUGCGCGACGAUCAUGCAGAACUUGCGUGGCGUUGGAAGAUUCAAGUCAGUUGCAUUCUUUUGCGGCUGUCAUCCUUAUGAUGACUAUGGCGGAGGCAGGACACUUAUUAUGAGCCUCCUUUCUCAGCUCUUGCAGCAGCAACAAUUUGACUUGAGCUUUAUCGACCACGAAACAGCUCACCGAAUGAGUAGCGGCGACAGCCUAGCAUUCUGCUACGUCUUCGGGCGACUCCUGGAGCAGGUCAACACGAAUGAAACUGUCUUUUGCGUUAUUGACGGGAUAAAUUUCUAUGAAUGUGCAGGAGAGGAACCACUGCAGGAAAUGUCGGACGUGUUACGGUUUUUACUGGACCUCUCGCAACAACGGGAUUCAGUAUAUAAGAUUCUAGUGACCAGCCCUUCGAGUACCGAGGACGUGCGGCAGGCGAUCAAGGAUGAGGAUUACCUUGCAUUGCCUGACCAAGCUACAAACACCAUAGGUUUCAGCAAGAAGCGUUCGGAACGACAGUGGCAAGAAGCAGUCGAUGUAUCUUAGUGGUCGCCAUAGCCCAGUAAACUGAGUAAACUAUUCUACCAAAAGCAUGAGCUACGCCCUCUGGACACUGCUAUCGUCGGAGUUAUCAUAAUCAAAUUGAAGUUAUGGUGUCUGCAAUUGCACAUAAUUAUUGGAUUCUAAUCUCAAACGUGUGUUCGGUCGUAAUGAAAGGUUGGUUUAAGAGUUGUGAAGACCUAGUGUGUUUGAUAGAGAACGAUGAUUAAGCCGGCACAUUUGAGGGCAAUCAAAUGAGGUGUUUUACUUUCAAACUUCAGAAGACAAUGGCUAUGAAGGAUGAAGCCAAGAUCAUUUAGCAGCCUACUAUAAGUCUGUAACAUAGUCCUUAUCUAUAUCCCUGCCUAAGUGCCUACGCCUGUUACACAAAUUAGUUUUAAUGCAAUUGGAGCCUAGUUAACUG